AUGGCGGCGCCCAUAGACAGUGAUGAAAUUGUUUACGCUGCUGUGUCUAAUAUUCCAAUAAAACUCCACUCUAAACACCUUCGAAAUUACUUCUCACAAUUUCUUGAAGUUGGAGGAUUUGAUUGUUUUCAUUUUAAGCAUCGUCCCGAGCGUAAAGUUAUAGAGAAACCUGAUUUUAUCGAAUGGUGCAGAAAUGAAUUAGACGCAACCGUCAUUGACACUGCGGCCAUGGCGGCGGGUUUCACUGCGGCUAACAAGAUGAAAACCGCGCUAUCGAAUUCUUCGAGCACACUUGACACAUCCACUGUUCGCAGAACGUUCGAUGAGGAACAAAUACAGAAAGAGGGUUUUCCAAGGCAACCAUUGGAGUACAAUCCAAGUGAUGAACAAAUUAAUGAAGAUAAACAAAUAAUCCAGAAAAGACACGCUCAAGAACAAGAAUUUGAAGUUGCCGAUUCCCAGACUGAUGAUAAACAUGAUAAAGAGACUACGACAUGUUGCGUAAUUCGUUUGUAUGAAUCUAAACUGAACGAGUUUAUUGCGAUGUACAAUAAAAAGAACUGGAUGGAUGAAGAAGGCAACACAAUCUCACAACUCUGCGUCAUCACCCGGAUAAGAGUGGCAGUAACGCUCGAUAUGAUAGAAAAUGGUGAAACAGAACAAUCUCCGCCGAAGUUAAAAACUCGAAGGAGAAGACAAGACCUACUGGAAGCUCAAACCAUCAGCGAUGCAAUCCCGAUGUCAAGUCUCCUGAAAUUGGAAGAGCUUAACCCUCCAGAUAUAAUGCCGAGUGGCAAUGUCGGCACUCGUACCUCAGUCUUUAACCAACUUAUCAGAGAAUGUCGUCUCCCACCUAAAGUCGUCAAAAGACUUGGUAUAGUCUUCCCUAAAAGUCGAACGAAUAAAAGAUAUGGGAGUGUUCCUCUUGAGUACUAUGGUGAGGUUCUCCCUGGAAUGGAAAGAGACAAACUUGUGCUGACGGCACGUGGACAUGCAAUAUACAACACUGAUGAUGACAACGCUAAGUUUGCUUCAGGAACUCGCAAACAGAUGAGAAUGACAAAACAUUUGAAAAACAAAAGAAUGGGAAGUGGCUUGAAAAGAGACUGUGAUGAAUCGUGGCCCGAAGCAGAUGACGAGGAUGAUGAUUCUGGUGAGGAAUGGGAGCGACAUGAAGCUCUACACAACGACGUCACCAAUCAGGAGCGAACAACAGAGAGACUGUUUGAAAACGACAUGGAGGUGACAUGGGAUAAAGGAAGCAGUGGUCUGGUGUUCUAUACAGACGCUGCAUAUUGGGAUAAGGCAGAAGGAGAUUUUGAUGAGAAAACGUCAGAUGACUGGGAUGUAGAUAUGAGUGCGUAUUAUGAUCCAAAUGGGGGCGAUAUGGACGCAAGAGCUUCCCUUGAUAUGAGACGACAGAGAGCGAUGAAGCUGGGUAUGGCGAACACUAGCGUCUUUAAAUCCAAGACACAGAAAAGAAAGGAGAAAAGGGAAUUGAGACUGUUACAAAACAAGAGUAGGAGAGGGCAAAGAACGGAAGAUAUGGAUCAAGCAGACAGGCCGAUCGGAUGCUUUGAAAGACAUACCAAAGGUAUUGGCAGGAAACUUAUGGAGGCUCAAGGUUGGGUAGAGGGAGAGGGUCUCGGUAAAACCAUGAAAGGAAUGAGUCAAGCACUGGACAACAUUGGACAAAAGAUGCACGACAAACGAGGCAUAGGAUACUACGGCAAGAAAUUAAAUCAAAAGAAACAAUUCAAGACUGGUCCUUCUGCGUCAUACAAGCCAAGUGGCAAUAGAGAGUUCAUCAUUUCCACUGUUUAUGAUGACCCUAAGGUCACUGACCCUGCUGAACCCCUACUCAGGUCACAAGGACCAUACCACUUGAAGUAUAGGGAUGAGGUGCGAUUCACUAAGGGAUCAGAAGUAGACGAUUCACAUUGAUAUUAAGGUGGACCUGCGUUAUUUUAGUGUAUGUUGGUGGGGUUCAGUGACAAAGUGAGGGUCUGCUCAACAAUCCGAGUAUCACAAGAAUUGGAGCUUAAAGGCAGUGGACACUAUUGGUAAUUACUCAAAAUAUUUAUUAGCAUAAAAACUUUCGUGGUG